AUGAAUCCCGAUGACGAUAAUCUACCAUCAAACAAUUUAUUACCAAACAAUGGCAAAAACAAUGAAAAAGAAUCUUUACUAAGUGCAUCCGCUCUACUGCUCCGCACCAUUCGCGAUAUUUUGAUCCAAUAUAACGAUCAGAUCCUCAAAAAUCUCACCAAUGCUGUGAAACUUGACGAGUAUAAUUUACUCAAUGAAUGUGUACGGGGAAAGGCUGGAUCGAUUUUAAAGACGGUUCGAAUGAUUAAGGAUUCAAAUCCAUCGGCAUCGAAUGGACAGCAUAUAUACAGUGCUCUUAUCUUGAAUUCAACGGACUUCGCGGACGCUUUAAUAAAGUUUAUAGGCUUUGUUAAGGAUCAUUUGCCACAUAUUACUUUUGAAGAACCAUUUACAGACUGUUCAACUAUGGAUAACCCCAACACUAAUCUGAAAAAAAAGAUUUCGUUCAAGAAAAAAGUAUUGAAGAGCUUCAAAACAUUAAAACGAAGCGUUCCUUCUCCGUUGGGAUCACCAUCUUCUACACUCUCAUUUAGUAAAGAUAAGGAUAACGAUAAGGAUGAAAAUCAUCGUUCACGAUCAAAAAAAUUUUUGAAUAUCAAUGGCCAUUUAUUUUCGGGAAGAAGAUCAAAUGGGGAUUUAAGUGUCUAUCGAAAAAGAUCAGACAGCACCGGAUCAAAUGCUUCUACAAACUCCAAUGUAUCAUCCAUUGCUUCUGCCCGAACAAUGCCAAAUUUAAAUACACACAGCACUACCCCAAAUACCUCGCUGCCAAGUAACCCAAAGAAAUCAUUUAGAAAAAAACCUUUUCCUCAUCUACGCGUUGAGACUUCUUUUCACGGUUCCGAAGACGCCGAGAAUCAUCACCAACUACAGACUCUCGAAGAACAAAGUGAUGAAAUCGCACAAGAUAUUAAAGCUCUCGAAUUUGAUCACGGGGAACAAAAAUCUACUGGAUGGGCAAGCGUAACUAGCUCCCUUGAUAACACUCCUACCAGCUCAAAAUUUAAAGAACAAUUUGACGGAGUGCCAGCCCAAGUGCCGAGCGUUCCUUGGUUAGGAGGCCAUUGUCGUCGUCGUUUAUCGGACGCGUCAAUUGGAACUCCAAAUUCAACAAGAUCAUUAUACGCCCACGAAAAUUUAAGUACUAAAUCAGCAUUAAGCACUUUAGAAUCGUCAAACAGGAGUAGCAUUGAAGGGCACAACAGAAGCAAAACUAAGGAACAAAAAAAACGUCGAAGUUCCUCACACUCGAGCAUAAAAUCCUACCUUCUUAAACACAUUCAUCCUAAAUCGAAAAGGAAGUUCAACAAGAAAGGAAAAAGAAAUUAUUGGCCAGUCAACGAAUCUAUUUCUACGACUCCUACAAGUGUAGUCGAAUUCUCUGAUGCUCCGGAAUUCUCGCCUUCUCGAAGCUCAACCAGUUCGACAAAAAGCACCAGAUCAACAAAUCGUUUGUUUUCCUUAAAACGUCCGAAAGUGCCUCAUAAAAUGAGCAGUGAAUCUGAUCUAAGAUCAUUGAAAAAGCGAUGGGCCGAAUAUGAUGAUAAACCAUUAAGCACACAUCCUGAAGAAAUUAGGGAAAACUCUUCCAAUGAUAUUCGCAAUAAUAGCAUUAAUAAUGCUCAUAGCGACAUUGCAACAGAUGAUGGUAAAAAUGAAACGUUCUAUAGAAUUAUGAUGAAGAAAAGCUCUAGUAGUCUGAAUAUGAAGAAAAAACCUAGCUUAACUUCAUUGUUAAAACCGCAAAGUCUUUUUUCGACAUCGCAAAAUCGUGGGUCUGGGGACUUUUCAGAUUUCGAUGACGGAGACCUAACUCACUAUUGCAAUGCCCAUAGUAAAGAAGGUCUCACAUUGGGUGUCGUAGAUAAAAGACCUCAAAUCAUGCACGGUACAAUUGACAGUCUUAUUUCCUGGAUGGUAGAUGGAAACGGUCAGAAUUUGGAAUUUAUUGAUUGUUUCAUCCUUUGUCAUGGGUUCUUUAUGGAAUCACGAGAUUUUCUAGAGAAUAUGAUUUUAAGAUUUCAUUUACAGUCCCAAGAUAAUAACAAAAAUAACAACAAUUUGUCGAGCUACGUUCAAAUGAACGUUUUGACAAUACUUCACCGAUGGGUCGCUAUUCAAUCCGAAAAUUUCCAAGAUCAAAUUCUCUACGAAUGUCUUGCUAGUUUUCUUGACGAUGAUGUCAAAAACGCUGGAUUUCCUGCGGAAGCGGAUCAAAUCAAAUUGACGUUAAAAGAACAGUUAGGUGACAAUAGUCACGAUAAAUUACAAAAUGCGGCAAGAAUUUUACCCAUGAACGAUAACCACAACAAUGCACAACUUUUCAUGCCACCUUCUGACUUACUCGACACAUCACCUUUACUUGAUUACGACGCAAAGAAUAUCGCAAAGUACUUAACAUUUAUGGAUUAUAGUGCUUUCAAAUCAAUCACACUAUACGACUAUAUUACCGGGUGGCGGAAAAAACGGCAAAUGAUGGAACAUGGUACAAUUGAUAACGAACAUGAUGAGAUCUCACAAAAUCAUCAAGAGGCUGCAAGUCGCAUCGAUGAGUUCAUUAGGAGGUCUAAUAUGAUCAGCCACUGGGUGGCGUUCGAAAUAUGUAAAUUAAAAGAAGUGAAAAUGAGAAAGCAUAUGUUGCAGAAAUUCAUUGAAGUCGCAAAAUACUGUCGCCAAAUGAACAAUUUCCAAACAUCAAUGACGAUCAUACUCGGCUUAAAUUCUCGCUCAAUACGAAGACUCGAGGAAACCUGGGCGAAUCUUGCAAAUAAACAUAUUAUCACUUCGCAACAAAUUGAAAAGUUGUUGGAUACUUCGAAAAAUAUGGAUUAUUAUCGACAGGCAUUAGCAAAAUGUCGGCCUCCUGCUAUAAACUGGCAAAAAUUGCGUUUAUUGAUUAAAAACUUAUACGCAAUAAUUGGCCUACACUCUGAAACAUACAAAUUCACUUCUACGAAUACUACUAUCACUAAUUCUACUUUCGAGGAUAAAGAACCCAUGGACUCGUUUCCCUCGCCCGCACCUUCAAUUACAGACAGCAGCACAAUGCUUCAAUCUCCGUUCAGAAUAAGAUUCACAGCUUCCCUGCCAACAGACUCUUCGAUAUUCUCGUCGUCGCCAAAUCCGUUGAGUGGUAUCAUGCUUGACAAUAUAGGUGAAAUAAUAGAGCGGCGUAUCUACUUGGCUGCUGGGAAUCUGUUUCUUCCGAAUUCUGAUAAUAGUAGCAAUAGUAUUGAUUGUGAUAAUGAUGGUUCCGAAAAGCUUAUGGAGUUGUCAAGAAUCGCAGAGCCUGGUGAAACUAAAGAAUGA